AUGAGCAAUAGAGGAACUGGAAGUGAAAACGAGAAUGGAAUGGAGACUGCAAUCGAAUUACCAUUGGAUCUACCAAGGCGAAGAGAGAGGAAUCUGAUAGAGAAAACGAUGGAUGGAAUGAUUUAUUGGUGUUUGUUAUUCACUAGUGAGGGCGCCCUAACCCUCUACAUUCUAUUCCACUGGCUUCUCGGCUGUGCUUCUCAUAUCGUCGUGUCCGGAGACAAGAAAUCCGGCGGUGACGAGAACGCGUCAUUCUUCAGUUUCAUUUAUUUCAUGAGUACUCUUGUCGCGUUUCUUUCGAUUAUGUCACACGUCAGUGGACUACUCAUUCCGUUAUUCGCGUUUAGUGCAUUCGGUGCAUUCUUCCUAUUCUUUCUCAUAAAUUUGGCAGUUUUGGAGCAUCCAGAAGCGAAAACACUAUUCUUUAAUAUCUGCAACAAAUCGAAUGUCACUAUUGCAUUCCACGCCGAUAUGGAGGAUCAUCCAACGGCGACAAUCAUCAAAACGUGGAUUCUCAUUGCGUUUUUCGUGCUCACUUGUGCUUCAAUUCUAUUUCAAUGUGCCAGAAAUGAGGAAUAUCUCAGAAGACCUCAACCAGUCAUCUAUCCUGGAUUCUACCCUCAUAUGCUGCCACGUGAAAUGCCAGUUGGUCCCUCCAAUUUGGAUGAGCCGCCCAGAUAUUCGACCUUGGAACCGAUGUCAUCACCAAAAUCUACAGUAACCCGUAGCUCUACCGUAACCUCACCGCCACGCUACAGUUAUUGGGAACGGACGUUUGGGAGAGCACGUACAAAUUCUCAAAGUUCGGAACAAUCUAAUAGGGAAAUGAUGACAGCGAAAAGUCAUUGA